UUUUAAAUCGUAAAUCAAAAACGAGAAUAUAUAUGAGAAUAAAACACAAUGAAGCAAAAAAAAUGUCAUCUCAAAAGUAAAACUUAGUAUCUGUAAGAAAGUAAACCUUACUGAAGCAAAAAAAUUCAUCUCAAAAGAAAAAAAUGAUUACUUGCAAAACAAUUAUUUGCUUACGGGUCUCUCGGAUUGUAUCUCGCUGAUCAGGUUUUUGCUCUCAGAUUCAGUUUUGCAGUUACGCUUCCAGCUCUCUCCUUUGCGCUGCCUGACUUUUUGUUUGCGAUUCUGGCACAAACGUUUCGCGUGGGCGGGGUUUUCUAGGGGCUGUCCCCAUUGGCUAAUUGGGUAUUGAGCGGCAGCUCUGUGCUCCGGAAGUUGUUCUGUAAAACGGGCGCGCAAUUUUCAGUGUGGGGGACGCUCUGACCGGCGGCGGCAGCAGCGGCGGAGGCGGACAUCAGAGCACAACAGAUCGAUAAAAACGUAACAACUGGGAGAUCUGAGUAGGACCCGAGACUACCAUGCAGUCCCAGGAACAUGUACUUGAUGAAAUCUUGCAAAGGGUUCAAAGAAGAUUCUCCUUGCUUCUUAGAAAUGAAACGCUUGAUUUGGAUUACCUCAAGACUGUUGCUCAGCAGGAACUUUCCUUGGCAACAGUGGCAUCACAUCACCUGAACGUUCCAGCAGAACUCAUAAACAGUCUACAGGAGUUGAUCAACAUCCUUAGUUUUCCUGUUGAUGCUACUGAUGAAGUAUCAGUAGUAAAUGAGUUAGAUGUUUUUACUGCCACUGUGGGCAAGCUGGGACGGCCACGCCUAGAAAUUGAUAGUGGGGAUCUUCAAAGCCUCCUUUCCACUGAACUUCCUUUAGAAUAUUUAGGCAGGAUGUAUGGUGUUUCACAAAGAACAUUAAACAGGCGGAUGAAAGAACAUGGCCUCUCUGUUCGUGGAUACUAUUCAAAAAUGUCUGAUGAUGAACUUGAUCAUGUUGUGAGAUCAAUAAAAUCAAGAAUGCCCCAUGCUGGGUAUAGACUGGUGAAAGGUGAGCUAUUGGCUAGAGGACAUCGUGUACAGUGGCAUAGGGUGAAGGCUACAAUGCACCGUGUGGACGGAGCAGGAGUUUUAGCCAGGAUGAUACAACUUGGAUUUGUAGCCCGCAGAAGCUACUGUGUUCCUGCACCUUUGUCUUUGGUUCAUGUAGACACCAACCAUAAAUUAAUCAGAUUCAAUAUUGUAAUAUUUGGUGGGAUUGAUGGUUUCUCAAGAAAGAUCCUAUAUCUUGAUGCUGCUGCCAACAACAAAGCCUCAACCGCAUUCUCCUUCUUCUUGGAUGGUGUCUGCAAACAUGGAUGGCCCUCAAGAGUACGUGGUGACCAGGGGGUGGAAAAUGUUGACAUUGCUCGUUGCAUGUUCUCUGUCAGGGGAACUGGACGUGGUAGCUUCAUUGCUGGUAAAAGUGUCCACAAUCAAAGUCUGACCUGAAGUGCUUCCUGGGUAGCUGGAACAAGCACCCUAUC